UGCUUCCUAUUUUUCAUGCUUUACUCAAAGUCCCAACCUCUUUCUUUCGAAGCUGCUGAUUCUGACCUCCUUGCUAUCAACAAUUUAAUGUGCUCUGCCUGUCUGUAUGGACACGCAGAGCAGCUGCGCUUGCUUGGGUACUACUAUUGUAAGCUGCUUGCUUUGGGGGCACUGGACAGGAGGGAGGGGCCAGGAGCCGCGGCAGGGGAACCGAGAAGGGGAAAAGCGUGCUAAACCACUGCACAGAGCAGGUAAGUAUAACAUGUUUAUUAUUAUUUUAUUACAAUUUUGCCUUUUAAUAUCACUUUAAAAAAAAUUCUUCUAACUUACACCCCACGAUGCUUUCGAGGUUGCACAGAUAUGGGAAUCCAUUUGCACAUCUGAUGGUCUUGCCCUGUUGUGACGGCCUUCUGGACUGAGGUGUUUCAUAUACUACCAAUGCUUGCUGGGGUAACCUUUGCACCUGACCCCACCAUGGCCCUGCUGAAUAAAUGUUUACCUAAUAUACGUACAAAACAAUUUAAACUCUUGUGAUAUGUUGCUACUGCAUCAAAACAAACCAUCUCCUAAGGCGUGGAAAAUGCCCAAUAUUUGUCUUCUCGAGAUGAAACAUAGAAUAACACAUAUAACACAAUUCACAUCCACAGCAAAAUUAGGGCCACAUUACUUCGUAUUACUAAACACCUGAAAGUAUGGCAGCUAUAGGUAGGCAAUUACCUGCCACUGGACUUCGAUCAAUCCUUACUGGAACCUUGAUUGUACCCCCAUGAGACUACUGUUGACUUGCAAAUGAUCGUUGCUUGAUUACUGUACUUACCAGAUCCCCUGGUGUCCCUCUUCUUUCCCUACUUUUCUUUCGCUUUCUUCUUAUCCUGACCAUUUAUUUAAAUUGUGUAAGUUUGAUAGGCUGCUUCAUGUUCCUGUUACUAUGGAGCAUUUAAGUGUGAUUGUCCUUGUGAAACGGGGUUAAUUUGCAUGGUUCUUCUUCGGACUUGACAUUUUGCUCCAGCUUAUAUUUUACUUUGUGCUGUCAUUGCCCCACAUCUACUGUUCAUUGUGUUUUGUUUGCAUAGCAGCAUAUGUAAAACGUAACUGUACAAUGAUGUAUCUGGUUCUUUAUUCUCAGUAAAAACAUUGAACAAUGAGAAGUACAGGCAGGUGCUUAUACAUCAUGCCAUACCAUUAGGAAAGUGUGUGAUUGGCCUAAAAAAAAAAUCUGCAGCUGGACAAUCUUCAUCAUUAAGAAGAACAGGAGUCCUGGAAGUGAUGGUUUAGCCCACACAGAGCAGUGAUCUCGACAGGAUUUAAGGCAGCCUACAUACACAGAUAUGUGGUUAGUUCUCAAAGAUGUUUAGAACAACCCACCUGCCGAGGUAAAAACGGCUUCCACCUACCUUUCAGCCAACCUGUACAGUAUUAAUAGGUCAGAUUGCUGAAAAUGUAUAUUCAGUGGCAAGAUUUAUUAGCCUAUAUUUCCUGGCCCUUUUCUACUUAAUUUGAAGUUUUUGCUGUUAAUGCUCUUCCUGUUACAUGUUCAUAAGGGAAGAGUGCAACCCUUUUUUUAAUGGCUACAGCAGAUGCGUAGUCAUCGCCACCAAACAGUCUACUAUAGCAAUGUUUCUCAACUCCAGUCCUGAAGUACACCCAACAGGUCAUGUUUUCAGGAUUUCUCUCAGAUGAAACGGUUGUGGUAAUUACGAAGGCAGUGAAACUGAUCAAUAAUGGAAACCCUGAAAACAUAACCUGUUGGAUACUUGAGGACUGGAGUUGAGAAACAUUGCUCUAUAGCAUUCUGAAGCGAUACAGAACUCAAAAGUGGCCUAAUUGUCUAACAUCUACCCGAAACCAAAAUACUAGUUUUAAGGUUGAAUGAUUUUUUUUAACAUAAGGAUGGGCAUUCCAAUUCAAAAUUGCAGCAAAUCGGAAUGAUGUGCCUCUUAUUGUCUAUGUAUGUUUAUCACGUGACAUAAUUUUGUUUCCCUUUUGAAAAAAAGCUCCUCUGUAAUAAGCAUCUAUUUCCAGAUCCAGUGUCAGCAUUGCUAUCAGCAGGAUGCACUGUGCUACACUUCUAAGUACAUAUUCUGCCUUGAAGAACAUUCUUAACUGACAUAUAGACAAGACAGCAACAUAUAAAGAUAAUUUCUUACAGGUUCCUAUCUGGUUGGCUGCCAAUCAUGUUUGUGUUCCUAAUAUUAAGUACAUCAAGCUUUGUAGCUCUUGAUGCUUUGUGCCCAUCCUUGUGUUCUUGCUCAGUGAAGGACCGCAUUGUUUGCUCAGGUGCUUCAGUUACAGAUAUUGCUGCAUUAUCCAUACCCUAUCAUUUUACCUAUAUUUGUAUAAAAAGCACUCAAGAGACAAAACUCACCAAUACCAGCUUUCAAGAAAUGCCUGUUACUUCACGUCUAUUUUUCGAAGGCAACCAAUUUUCCUUAAUAGAAUCUGGGGCUUUUCAAAAAUUUCCUCUUCUGAAAUCACUGAAGCUGACAAACAAUGCUAUAAGAAGUCUACCUCCAGGAAUAUUCCACAGAUUAUUUCAUCUGGAGCAGUUGUUUCUUGAUCAGAAUCAAUUGUCUGAUCUUGAUCCAUGUAUGUUUCAAAACCUGAAAAAUCUAUCGUACCUUUCAUUGAACAGAAAUCUGCUUCGAGAAUUGCCUGCUGGAUUACUAGAUCAUCUUGUAAAUCUUAGGCACUUAAACUUGUCCAGAAAUAAAUUAAAGUCUUUGCCAAAGUAUAUUUUCAACUCGUUGUUCAAACUGAAAACUCUCUUUCUCUAUAAUAAUAUUCUGAAGGUAAUAACACCUGGAAUGUUCGAUAAUCUCACUGAAUUGGAAGAGCUGCGUUUGUAUGCAAAUGAAAUUGUAAUGGUUGACAAAGAAGCAUUCUACAAUUUACCAAAAUUGAAUAUGCUAAUGCUUCACAAAAAUAAAAUAGAAAUGUUGCCUGAGGGAUUAUUUCUCUAUUUGACUUUGUUAACCAGCUUGACUUUCUAUGAAAACCCUUUAACUGCACUUCCCUAUGUGCUUUUUGGCAAAAUGGAGAAGCUCGAAAUUUUGUGGCUUUAUCAAACAAAUCUCUCAACAAUACCAAAUUUUGUUUUUAGUAAUCUAACUAAUCUGAAGUUACUGAUUCUAACUCGAAACCCAAAGCUUCAGAGUCUUCCAAAAGAAUCAUUCAGUGGUCUGAGCAAACUUGAGGAGCUGUCUUUGCAUUCAAAUGGAUUGAAAUUUCUUGGUAAAGGCUUGUUCCAGGAUCUUCAGCAGCUACAAAUUCUUUCUCUAUAUAACAAUGUUUUUGAGGAUCUUCCUGAAGAUAUGUUUCAUCCUCUUGUAAAUCUUGAAAUUGUUUACCUGAACAAUAGUAAAUUCCGGAACCUGCCAGGUACCAUCUUUAAAACCUUGACCAAGCUUAAGAACGUUCGUCUUGAUGGCAAUCCUUGGGCAUGUGAUUGUAGGCUUAAAGAUUUCAAGCUCUGGUUUGAAGAGAAUGUAAAAAUAAUACAGAAUUUCAUGUCAAUUUUUUGUGAAGAUCCUUCAGCGCUCAAAGGAAAACCUGUCCUUCAUUUUGAUGCACAGGUCUGUAGCCACACAACUAUAGCAACCGACAAUCCCUUUGCAGCAACAUCAUUUUCUGCUCUAGCCAGUGCUACACAAAACAUAAGACCGAGCGGUGAGGUGACCCUUACUCCUACUAAACUGCUAUCUGAUCAUUCCAGGCACAACCUCAGCUCUGUGAUCCCAAGUCAUGUGGAAACAACCCAUUCCCCUAUACCAUCAAAAGAUGACUUAUCCAUAAUUGAUGAUCCUACCACUGGUUGGCAUAAUAAUGAUUCUUUAAGCACAUCUUUGCCUAGUCAUAUGGGAACAACCCAUAAAUUCAAACAAGUAUUACAUACUUGUCUGCUUAGAAAGUUAUUUGGAUUUUGCCUAACAUAUGGAAAUAUAAUCUUUCAUCUCCUUAUGGUUACAGCAGCUCUUCAAAUUGUUCUUAUAGUUGUGACAUGUUUCAUUAUGCUGAAAAUAAGAAAAAUUCAUAGUUAUUUCAGUAGUGCUAAGGAGCCUGUGGAGCUACAGCGUAUCUUAAUACCAUUAAGUUUUAAUUCUAUAAAGAAAUAAUAUGUUGCUGCAUGUUUA